AUAUCGUCUUCUCAAUUAAUUUUUCGUGCUCAUUGCUUGAUACACUCAACCAAAUCAUAUUCACAGCGUGAUGCUGCAUUAACGAAAUUCCGUGAUGGUUCUAUUUGGGUGUUGGUAUGUACCGAACUGAUUGGUCGUGGACUGGAUUUGAAAGGAGUGAACUUGGUGAUUAAUUUCGAUUUGCCAACAUCGGUUGUGAGUUACAUUCACCGAAUUGGUCGAACAGGACGUGCGGGUCGUCGUGGCCGUUCUAUAACGUAUUUUACCGAGAAAGAUCUAGAUGUAGUUCGACCAAUAGCCACAGUUAUCAGCCAAGCUGGUUUUGCGGUUCCUGAAUACACCUUGCGAAUGAAGAAAUUGAGCAGGAAUGACCGAAAAGAUUUAUUGAGACGACCGCCGAAGCGGAAGAAUAUUGGUGCAGUGAAGAAAAGGUUUCUGAAGAAAUCCGAAUCCGUAUCUGAAGCGUCAAAUUCGUUGAAUAAUUCGAGAGGUAAUGGAAAUUUGAAAGGAAGCAUUCCACGACAGCGCAGCGAUGGUGGUUCAGAAAAAGUGAAGAAACGAAAAUCAGGAACGGAACCGAAGAAGACUCAUCAGAAACGUUUAAAGAAAAGUGUGUAA